UCUACGGAACGGAGUAUGAUUAUUAUUAACCGGUACCACAAUCUGUAUACAUUUUAAAAAAUCCCAAAAAUGUCGAUAAACUACGAUCCACACUAAAGCAGCUGCCGGUUAAAAAAAUGCCACUGGCCGCGCUAGCGCUAAUUGUCUUAAUUUGAAUAUCCGUAGGAAGUCAAUUAUAUACAGCUUUGGAAAUGCCGUGCCGUUCAUUUAAAUAAGGCGAUUAUUUAUUUAUUAUUUAUUGUAAACGGUAGGAAAACGAUAAAACCCCGUCCUCGUAUAAAAUUCAAUAGCUUUGUGUGUUGCUCGAGAAUGCUGGCUCGGUUCGUUUGGACCGCGAAAAUGAAAAUGUUACGGAGUUUCGUUGUUCUCGCGGUGGUGAAGUUGGCUGUGCAAGAUGACUCCAAACAAUUAAAUAGCAAUGAUAUACAAGACGAAACCUUAGACGGAAUCAAGAACAACGAAAAACGAGUAUACUGGAACAUACCGACAUUCCAGUGCGACUCACACAAACUUAAUUUCACACAAUUAGCCGAGAAGUACAACAUAAUUCAAAACGAAAACGACAGGUUUCGUGGUCAAGACAUUGCAAUUUUGUAUGACCCUGGAAGUUUCCCCGCAAUCUUAAAAGACGGCUCAAAGUCCGUCCUUAGAAAUGGGGGAGUGCCCCAAGAAGGUAAUCUUACGCUGCAUCUAGAGAUCUUUGAAGCACUCCUGGAAGAAUUAAUACCAGAUAACGAGUUCGCAGGCAUAGGCAUAAUAGAUUUUGAGAGCUGGCGACCGAUUUUUCGUCAGAAUUUUGGCACCCUCUCCCCUUACAAGGAUUUAUCUAUUAGUGUAGAGAGAAAGAGGCACCCUCUUUGGCUAAAUACAUGGAUUGAAAAAGAAGCAACCAGAAGAUUUGAAUACUAUGCCAGGCAGUUUAUGGAAGAAACAUUGUUUCUCGCCAAGUACUUAAGACCUAAUGCCACUUGGGGGUACUAUGCUUACCCCUAUUGCUUCAACAUGUCCCCAAAUAAUAUGAAAAGGGAUUGUCCUAAGGAAGUAAUACAAGAGAAUGAUAGGACCAAGUGGUUGUUUGAGUUAAGUGAUAGUUUGUACCCCUCCAUAUAUUUGGGUGAUCUGAGAUUGAAUGCCAAUGACAAAGUGGAAAUGAUAGAAGGGAGGAUUAACGAAGCCUACCGGGUUGCGGAAAAUAUAAACAAUUGUACAAAAAUCAUUCCAUACUUCUGGUACAAGUAUCAUGACACCAAACAAUUUAUUUCUAAGGAUGAUCUCUUCAACACCUUUACUGCGUUGGCGUCUUCAGUCAUAGAUGGAGUAGUAUUGUGGGGCAGCAGCAAUGAUGUUAAUACCAAAGCUAAGUGUUUGCAAUUAUUUCAAUACAUCGAUGAUGUUCUGGGACCACUACUUUUAAAUAAUUUUUAAUUUAUGGCAAUAAAACAUAAUUUUUUUAA